AUGAUCGAAGGGUUGCAGGGCAAGGUGGUGAUCGUCACGGGCGGCGGGCACGGUAUCGGCACGGCCUACUGCGAGGGCUUUACCAAGUCCGGGUCCCGGGUGGUGGUAGCGGACAUCGACGGGGAGGCGGCGGAGAAGGUGGCGGGGGACCUGGCGAAGCUGAGCGAGGCCGGUUCCAUGGCGGUGCACGUCGACGUGUCCGACGAAGAGUCCACCAAGCAGAUGGUCGCCAAGACCAUCGAACGCUUCGGCCGGGUGGACGUGCUCAUCAAACAACGCGUCGAUCUUCGCCACCGUUCCCAUGAAUCGCGGCCUCAUCGAGGAGAUCACCCCCGAGGAAUGGGACAAGCUCAUAUGCGCCAGCAGAAGUCCGGCAAGAUCGUCAACGUCGCUUCCGGCACGGCGCUUUCCGGCCCUCCCGGACGCAUUCACUACGUAGCCUCCAAGGCCGGCGUGAUGGGUUUCAGCCGCACCCUGGCGCGGGAGGUCGGCGACGACAACAUCCAGGUCAACAUCCUCUGUCCGGGAUCGACCCUGUCCGAGGUGAAUCCCACCGAGGAGGUCCUCAAGAUGCGCCAGAGCAAUAUCACCCAGCGCGCCAUCAAGCGGGUCCAGGUGCCGCAGGACCUGGUCGGCGGCGUCCUGUUCAUGUCCUCCCCGCUGGCGGACUUCAUGACCGGCCAGACCCUGGUGGUGGACGGCGGCCAGAACAUGCACUGA